AUGUCAAUAAAUUCAGGUUAUGCCCCUGUGAACAUUGUAUUUGGAGCAAAAGGCAUAAUAUUUCCUGAGAUGACUAGUUGGGCGGCUAGAAUGCACAGGCGAGCUGCCACUUUCGGGAAUGUUGUCACAUCUUGCGGCCAUCCUUCAGGACCAUUCCCCCGUAGAAUGGAAAAAGUUAAAUUUGGUGUACCCCUGGAGGAUGUCUGCAAAAAUGAUAUUCCAGGACCUCUAUUGGUACUUAUAUUGAAGUUGAAUAAAGAGGCACCUUAUAGGAAGGAUGUCUUUCGUGCUCCAGGCCACCAGGGAGCUAUGAAAAAACUAACUCAUUUCCUUCAGACUGGCAGACUUGUGAAUAUGGAUAAUUUUAGUGUUUACACAAUUGCCAGUGUGCUGAAGAAGUUUCUGAGAAAAGUCCCUGGUGGUAUAUUUGGUAGAGAUAUAGAGAAUAGAUUUUUCCAAGUUAUAGAGAUUCUUGAUGUUCAAAUACGGCAAGAGGAGAUUCAUAAAAUAUUAACUUCAUUGCCUAUUCAUACCCAGAGGCUGUUAGUGCUGCUAUUUGGGACAUUCAGAGUAAUAGCUUCUAAUAGUGAAAGAGCAGGCACCAGGAUGACUAGUGAGGCCCUGGGGGUCAGUGUGGCUCCAAGUUUUUUCCACUCCUGUGUGAGUGAUGGUAAAACUGCUACAAUGGAAGAUGUAACAAAGUUUAAGGUGGCUUCACGUGUGAUGAAGCAUCUGAUCGAGGAGUUCGCUUCGUCAGAUCUCUUUGGCAGAGACAACUACGAAUAUUAUGCGAGGGUGACCGGCAGAGUACUUCGAGUGCAAGGGGAAUGGAUAUGUUCCUUCCAGUAUCCCCCUCUAACCACGAACGGGGUAUUUCCAACUGAGUGUAUCGCCUUGGAACGCUACUUGCUGGGGCAAUUGUCAAUGGGUAGAGAGACAUGGCUCCAAUGCGAAAAUAAUGGCCACUGGAAGUCUAGUCUUGGUCUGGAAGCACUUUCUCAAGUAGAAGAAUGUCAAUCAACUCCUGCUCUGUUAGAGACAAAUCCACAAGUGGGGUCUACUUCCCUCAGAAUGAUUGCAGAACAUGGGCUAUUGGAUUCUUGUACGAGGUUAUCUAUAUCACUUGAGCAAAAUGGACUCUUUCAGGGUACCAAUACAUCACAUUCUUCUAGUACUAGUCAUUCUUCUAGAGUGAGUCAAAUUCAUCCUGGGCUUAAGAUGACGUUAGAUGAACUCAAAGCUGUCAACAAAUAUGCUGAGAGUACAAGAAGUUUGAGUUAUUUGCCACAGGUCCAUCAAAGACAGACUGAGCGAAUGAAAACGAGGUCCCAGUGGUUUUUGGGGCCGACCGUUGAAUGUUCCAACUGUGGAGGCUCCCUAGACUUACCUCUCAAGGAUGCUGAUGUGACUGCGCUAGCUAAUGUGUUGCUUAGGAGAUCGUCUUCCGGUACUAUUGUUGGCAUUGCUGGAUUGUCUUUGAGUGCUGACUCUGUACAGAGAAGACCAAGUGUGAAGAGGUCCAAUUCCAAGGACAAGAGAUAUUAUCAUAGGUCAACUAGAAGGAAUAAGGAGAACGGAUCCCGUUCGAAUAGUUUCAAAACGCACUCUGAGAGGAAAUCGUCGAAUUCGCGUUCGGGCAGCUUCAAAUUGAAAUAUGACAGCAUAUCGAAGUCUGCCAGCUUCAAGAGCAAGGGCGAGUUGUGCUCCUGUCCGGGCAGUAACGAUGGCGCCACCAGCAACGAAACUUCACCCAACACUGUCAAAACAACUGAAACAAUAUGCGUUACGCUUAAGUACAAACCUCGUAUCUAA